CUCCUCUUCCUGCCGGCGUCCCGGAGCCCUGCGCCCUGUCCUCAGAGCCACUGCUGCCCCGGGGUCCCCGCGCCUCGGAGGCCCCCGCGUCCCUGGAGCCCGGGCCUCGCAUCCGUGGAGCCUUGAGCCCCGCGACUCCCGGUGCCCUGCGUCUCGCGUCCCCGCGCGCUCCCCAAAGUCCCGGCGGCGGCAGGUCACGCCUAACCCGGCGGAGAGCGCCGCCUUCCUCCGCUCCGCCCGCACCAUGGCCGCCCCCGACCUGUCCACCAACCUCCAGGAGGAGGCCACCUGCGCCAUCUGCCUCGACUACUUCACGGACCCGGUGAUGACCGACUGCGGCCACAACUUCUGCCGCGAGUGCAUCCGGCGCUGCUGGGGCCAGCCCGAGGGCCCGUACGCCUGCCCCGAGUGCCGCGAGCUGUCCCCGCAGAGGAACCUGCGGCCCAACCGCCCGCUCGCCAAGAUGGCCGAGAUGGCGCGGCGCCUGCACCCGCCGUCGCCCGUCCCGCAGGGCGUGUGCGCCGCGCACCGCGAGCCGCUGGCCGCCUUCUGCGCCGACGAGCUGCGCCUGCUGUGCGCCGCCUGCGAGCGCUCCGGGGAGCACUGGGCGCACCGCGUGCGCCCGCUGCAGGAGGCGGCCGACGACCUCAAGGGCAAGCUGGAGAAGUCCCUGGAGCAUCUGCGGAAGCAGAUGGAGGACGCGCUGCUGUUCCAGGCCCAGGCCGAGGAGACCUGCACCCUGUGGCAGAAGAUGGUGGAGAGCCAGCGGCAGAACGUGCUGGUGGAGUUUGAGCGGCUGCGCCGCCUGCUCGUGGAGGAGGAGCAGCGGCUGCUACAGAGGCUAGAGGAGGAGGAGCUGGAGGUGCUGCCCCCACUGCGAGAGAGCGCCGCCCGGCUAGAGCAGCAGAGCACCCAGCUGGCCCAGCUCAUCGAGGAGCUGGAGGGGCGCUGCCAGCUGCCUGCGUUGGGGCUGCUGCAGGACGUCAGGGACAUCCUGUGCAGGGUCCAAGACGUGAAGCUGCAGCCUCCCGAGGUGGUGCCCAUGGAGAUGAGGACGGUGUGCAGGGUGCCGGGGCUGGUGGAGGCCCUGCGGAGGUUCCGAGGGGACGUGACUCUUGAUCCCGACACCGCCAAUCCUGAGCUGGUCCUGUCGGAGGACAGGCGGAGCGUGCGGCGCGGGGACCUGCGGCAGGCCCUGCCUGACAGCCCUGAGCGGUUCGACCCCGGGCCCUGCGUGCUGGGCCGGGAGCCCCUGACCUCCGGCCGCCACUACUGGGAGGUAGAGGUGGGGGAGCGGGCCAGCUGGGCCCUGGGCGUCUGCAGAGACAACGCCAAUCGCAAGGAGAAGGGCGAGCUGUUCGCCGGCAACGGCUUCUGGAUCCUGGUGUUCCUGGGCAGCUACUACAACUCCUCCGAGCGCGCCUUCACCCCCCUCCGAGACCCGCCCCGGCGCGUGGGCAUCUUUCUGGACUACGAGGCGGGACACUUAUCCUUCUACAGCGCCACCGACGGCUCGCUUUUGUAUGCCUUCCCCGAGACGCCCUUCUCGGGGCCCCUCCGGGCCCUCUUCUCGCCUCUGUCCAGCAGCCCCACCCCGAUGACCAUCUGCAGACCGAAAGGUGGGCCUGGGGACAUGCUGGCUUCCCAGUGAGGUGGCCCUCGUGGUGAGUGGGUCUCUCAUGGCUCCUCGUCCUGGCUUUGGGUCUUUGAGCCACUUGGAAAGCCUGGGAGGAAGGUGCGUGUCCUCUGAGCUGUGGAAAGAGCUCGUAGGGCCUCUGAUGUGCACAGUAAAACUGAACUUGCUGUCACUCCUGGGAAGCUGUGCAAGGCGUGCAGAGCCGGCUGCAUCCUGCCCUGGGAUGUCCUCCCAGAUCGUCGGAUGCCGAGACCCUCUCUGCUGGGGCAUCACCAACAGCCCUUCGCAGAACCCCGAGCCCAGGACCCCGGCAGCUCUGGUUCCAGGAGCCCACCCAGCCUGGCUGCAUUCUAUGGAGAGGCACCAGGGUCCUACGACUCUAGGGCUGCACCCUGAGAAAGCUGCCAGCAGUCUCGGGGUCUGGUCCCAUAAAACGGGCUGGAUGUGGCUGCCUCAGGUUAGUCAGGGUGCAGCAGGGGGGACCUGGGAAAGGCCAGAGGAGGGGAGAGGGAGCAAAAGGCGCUGAUAGUGCAGCCUAGUAACCAGGACGCAUGGAAGCGCCAACCACUCGGGGAUCCUGAAAAUGCCCCUUCACUGGCCCCUGGUGCGGAGGCUGGGAUGUGGGGGUCCUGUGGGCCUGGAGGUGAGCACUGGUGGGCAAGCUCCCAGUUUCCAUCUGAGCUGCGCUGAGAGCCGCAGGCUGGCGUUGCCCUCACAGACAGCCUGCAGGGCAUCCCGGCGUCUCUGGCCCCCCACUGCUCUUGCCUGGCCUGGGGGAGGGGCGAUACUGCUUAUGGAAUCCGGGAUUCGUUUUGCUUUUAACUUUUGCACUGCUUCACCCUCUCAGGAAGGUGUGGUGUGGCAUCUGCAUCCCUAGGAUUUAUUUAUUCCAAGGACCCUUCUCACAGUAAAUAAACAGCAUUGUCUGUAA